AACAAUGCUACACGUUUUUUUAAACUGUUCCAAGUCUGUGAUUUAUGAGAAGACCCUUUUAACCUUCAAGCGGGUACUUGAACCACAUUAUCACAGAAACGAGGUGAUUCCUGGAUAGAGGAGUGGAGUGAAAAGUCACCAACAGGACAAUGUCGUCACUUCAAGAGACCCAAACCUGCAAAGAAGAGGAGAAAGUUGAGGAUGAAUCAAAUCUUAGACCGUUGGAUCAAACUGCAAAAAAGGCAAAGAAGCUGCACUGCUGUGAUCACCAUGACAAGACCUUUGAUUUACCCCCCAAUUUAAAAAGUCACCAGAGGACCCACACAGGAAAAAAGCCAUUUCCCUGUGACCAGUGUGGGAAAAGCUUUACUUGGUCAGGAAAUCUGAAACGUCACCAGCGGAUCCACACUGGAGAAAAGCCAUUUCUAUGUGAAGAGUGUGGGAAAAGAUUUACUCAGUCAGGAACUUUGAAAUAUCAUCAGCGGAUCCACACAGGGAAAAAGCCAUUUCCCUGUGACCAGUGUGGGAAAAGCUUUACUCGGUCAGGAAAUCUGAAACUUCACCAGCGGAUCCACACUGGAGAAAAGCCAUUUGCCUGUGACCAGUGUGGGAAAAGAUUUACUCAGUCAGGAAAUCUGAAACUUCACCAGCGGAUCCACACUGGAGAAAAGCCAGUUGCCUGUGACCAGUGUGGGAAAAGAUUUACUCAGUCAGGAAAUCUGAAACUUCACCAGCGGAUCCACACUGGAGAAAAGCCAUUUCUAUGUGAACAGUGUGGGAAAAGAUUUACUCAGUCAGGAACUUUGAAAUAUCAUCAGCGGAUCCACACAGGGAAAACGCCAUUUGCCUGUGACCAGUGUGGGAAAAGAUUUACUCAGUCAGGAAAUCUGAAACUUCACCAGCGGAUCCACACUGGAGAAAAGCCAGUUGCCUGUGACCAGUGUGGGAAAAGAUUUACUCAGUCAGGAAAUCUGAAACUUCACCAGCAGACCCACACCAGAGAAAAGCCAUUUCUAUGUGACCAGUGUGGGAAAAGAUUUACUCGACCAGAACAUCUGAAACUUCACCAGCGGACCCACACUGGGGAAAAGCCAUUUCCCUGUGACCAGUGUGGCUAAAGAUUUACUCAGUCAGGAAAUCUGAAACUUCACCAGCGGAUCCACACUGGAGAAAAGCCAUUUCUAUGUGGCCAGUGUGGGAAAAGAUUCACUCAGUCAGGAACUUUGAAAAAUCAUCAGCGGAUCCACACAAGACAGCAGCAGUAACUUGUCUGACCAGUACAAAGAGAGGUUUCGUGUCACCAUCAGCAAAUUUACAUUGAUGUCGCGAAGAAAAACGUCCUUUAAUUGGGUCAAAGUUUCAAGCCACAAACAGUGUUUUAAUAAUAUUAACCUGCAUUCAA